AUGUCCUCUAGUAUUAAGGAUGUUCCAUAUGUUGGCUACACUUGUAUCGGACCAUACAUCGUUCUAUGGUCCCGUGUAGCCUUUGGCUCUACAGCAGCGCCUAAUCAACUUGACGCUUCUAUGGAAGAUGUGAUUAAUGAGAUCAAGGCAUUGUCCAAGCUGGCUUCUACAGUUGAAGCUCCGGUUACUCGUCUAUGUGAUAUUGAGCCUCAUUUGGUUGAGCGUUGUCUACUGAGAUCUAGCACUGAGGCCUUCUCCUAUCUACAGGGUUGUCCACCGGUCCCCAAGGAGAUCACACUGAUCAAGUUUGUCGAUGAUGUCUAUACCGGUGGAUCUAACAAGUCUAGAGUUACAUCAAGCUAUGACUUCAUUACCUAUAUCUCUAAUGGUCACGACUUCGUCAUUGAACCUAAGAAACGUUUUAACAGUUGGGAGCCUGUGAUGGUCAACGAUGUCGAAGAACGACGCCAUCUACUUGUGGUGGUCAACUUCAAGGGAAUCCUAUGA